CGAGAAGGAAUCGAGGAGCCCCGGAAACGACAAUUCUGCCGCGAGUAGAACUUUAGCGCAGACGGCUGUGUUCUUGCGACCAUGGCGGUCUGGCGAGGAGGAACGUCGGCAGUGAUCCGAGCUCCAAUCGACAAGGUAUGGGAAGCUACCCGUGACUUUGCUGGAAUUCUAGAUUGGACGGGGCUAGCGCUCUCGGUCCCGGGCCUGGAGAUGACGAUCACGAGCGGCGAACCGCCAAUUCCAGGCUGCGUGAGGUGCUUCACGGUCCCGCAGCCGGAUGGGGGCAAGAUCGUCUUGGCUCGCGAGACGCUGCUGGAAUUCGACGAGGAGCAGCACAGGUUCAAGUAUCGCGUGGAUGAUCACAAGGUUUUGGACGGCUAUGUCGCGACCUUCGCACUGUCCAGGCAGGGGGACGGCGGGGAUGCAGCGACGCUGCUGGAAUGGACGUACGAGAUCCCGGCAGAUGAAGCCGAUCCAUCCAAAGAAGGUGCUGUCAACAAGGAAGCUAUGGGAUUAUACCACCCCUGCAUCGAAUCCCUCAAGAAGAUCCUCGAGUAAGACUGGCAGAUACUUUAUUUGUCCCAAAAAGUAAGUGGCUGGGUGAAAUUAGGCCUUUUCUUCCCAUCUAGACAUGAAUAUUCCUUACUUUAUUUUAUCUAUAAAGAAGGAUCGAACCCGAGAUUCAGAGACCAA